AUGAAUGGUGGUUAUGCAAAUGGAGGUAAUGAUGAUGAUCGAAAUGAUUCGACACGAAUUGUAUCUUAUCGAUCGGCGGUUAGUAGAGAUCAUUCACGACCAGCUUCUCGAACAAAACGAAAACGUAUUGGUAAUGAAAUUGAUUUAAAUGAUGCUAAUGCUGAUCUUUACUAUGAUGAACAUCAUAUUUCAAUUGAAGAACUUGUUCAUCGUUAUGAUACUGAUCUAAAAACGGGUUUAACAAAAAUUCAAGCAAAACAACGUUUACUCGAUGAAGGUCGUAAUCAUAUUGAACCACCACAUGUCAGCAUUUCAAAAUCAUGUGAACGUUUUUGGCUUCAACCUUAUAUAUUCUUCGUUUCAAUUUUAUCUCUACUGGCAAUUCUAUGUUUCGUCGCUUUUGCUAUUCAACUUAAUACACGUCAAGAUCCAACAUUCGAAAAUCUUUAUAUGCUUAUUGUUUUGAUUAUAUUCAUUCUUUUACCAAGUGUAUUUACAUUUGCUGUUAGUCAUAUAAGUGCCAACAAAUUACAAUAUUUACGAUAUCAAAUAAAACAAGUAAGCAACAAAAAACUCUAA